AUGUCCCAGAACAUACAGUCCACUAUUCAGCUCAACAACUUUCUUCAAGGAAGAAGACAGGCACAUCUUAUUUCUUGGGUAGAAGUUCCACACGGUCCUCAAAACCACCGCACAUGGUCUGUGACAUGCAAAUAUAACGGCAGUCCUGUUGGGGAAGCGUGUGCAUCUCAUAAGGCGGAGGCGAAGGAACGCGCUGCAGCACAGGCUCUGACAGUUCUUCGUGGUUAUUAG